AUGUCCGACGCUCGCAUCCAGAGCGACUCGAUCAAUCAUCUCCAUAAAACUCUUGUCUGGUUGAAGAAAAAUCCGUGUCCCUAUGUUGCUGGCCCAGAAUCAACCAAGAAACGUGCUUCGGUCGCCUUGAUCGCCGCCGAGCCCGCUGAUAGCAUUGAUUCUUUCUUUGCUCAGGAUUGGGUCAAGCAUGGACAAGCUGAGAUUCUCUUCAUAAAGCGUGCUGCGAGAAAGGGUGAUCGAUGGACUUCUCACGUCGCUUUGCCUGGUGGAAGACGCGAUCCCCAAGACAAAGACGAUCAGCAUGCCGCCAUUCGCGAAGCUGUCGAGGAAGUUGGCAUUGACCUGUCACAUCGCAAUUGUAUCGCUGUUGGGAACCUUCCACAGAGACUUGUUACAACCAGCUGGGGUCGUGUGCCACUAAUGGUCUUGUGUCCCUACGUGUUUCUUGUUACCCGUCAUGACAUUCCGCCGCUCCGUUUGCAGCCCACUGAGGUCGCAUCAACUCAUUGGGUUCCUAUCGGCUCUCUGCUUGAUCCCGGCCAACGCACUGUCCAUACAGAGGAUGUCAGUAACAGACUAGCCAACCAGGAAACUGGCAUCAAGAAAUGGGCACUGGCCGGAAUGCUUGGGAAGAUGGAGUUCAGCGCUAUCCAAUUGCUUCCCACAGAGAGUCUUUACUGCCAUGAAUCGCCUACUGAUGACUCGAGUCGACACAAGUCUGCUCCACCAAGAAACGUAAUCAAGAGACUGGUGAAUCUCACUCAGUCACCAACACUACCUGCUCCACCGCAAAAUCAACCGCUUAUCUUAUGGGGCUUGACGCUUGGAGUAGUAGCGGAUUUCCUCGAUCUGCUACCACCUCACAAUGCGCUGGAGCUCUGGACAUAUCCUACAUUUACCAUGCCCGACGUCCGGCUGGUGAUAUGGCUCGCGACUUACAAUUUCAGAGAGAACAAGCGGCUGCAACUCGAAUCGGAAAUCCGCUCAGGACCACCUGCUGCAGCUGUAGAAGAAGGUCUAGACGCUGUCUCGUUACCAGAUGACGAACGCUGCAACGAGGUGGGUAUGGGGGGAUUGAGUUCUGGACGUAGCUUGAGAGGGUACUCUUUCGAGAGUGCUGUCGGAACCAUGUUGGAAGGCUACUACGCUUGUAUGAGGAAAGGGGUGACAUAUGCUUUGGCAUGUCGAUUGUUUGGCAUGGCUACUAUCGUGGCUUUACUAUGGUCCAGGAGAUCCUUACCGAUGACUCUGGCUAGACUCGUUAGACGUAGAUAA